CUUUGAAAACCCUUUAUCAAUUCCUCCUCCCUGGUUUUUUUAAUGUUUUGUGGAUUUCAAUUCAUCUUCCUCGAAAGAAGAAACCCACAACCAAAUCUUCGAGCCUACAUAUAUUUGAAGCCCAAGGGGGACGCUACAUCCAUAUUCGUUCGAGUUAGAGCGAGAGAUGAUGAGUAUCACAUUUUGUAGAGAGAGGAUCGCCAUGGAUCUAUGCAGGACUAGCCUUUGGUUCACGUCCUCUUUCAUUAUUUUUUUCAUCAUAACACAAUCCGUUCCUUCGGCUUCUCAGGAAGUUGAGGAUGAGAGAGAGUUUGAUUAUUUGGAAGGCAGUGAAAAGGGGCCGAAGCACUGGGGCGAGCUCCAUCCCGAAUGGGCGGCUUGUAGCAAUGGGGAUAUGCAGUCUCCAAUUGACCUGCUUCAAGAAAGGGUGGAGGUUCUGCCAAAUCUGGGGCGCUUAAAGAGGGAAUAUAAGCCCGCUAAAGCAAUCCUAGAGAACAGAGGCCAUGAUAUAAUGCUUAAGUGGGAGGAAAGUGGAGCUGGAACACUUGAAAUAAACCAAACGGAGUAUGUUCUGAAACAAUGUCAUUGGCAUUCACCCUCCGAGCACACUUUCAAUGGUUCAAGAUACUCAUUAGAAGUGCACUUGGUUCACGAGAGCAAAGUAGGGAAGGUAGCGGUUGUUGGGAUUACCUACAAAAUUGGCAGACCUGAUUCUUUUCUUGUGGAGGUAACGGCCUCUCUCUCUAAAACCCUCUCUAUAAUUGUGUGGCAUGUGACACAGGAAGCUGAGGCGAACGCGAGGCCAACGCAGCCCAUCAACGAACGAGCUGUUCACCUCUACACUCCAAGGCGCCUUUCACCUGCUCUCCAUUUUUGACUUCAACCAACAUUGAAGAACUAUCCUUCAAUUUCUUUUGUUUAUUCUUUUUUAUUUGGUGUAACAAUAGAUAAGAAAUCUUUUAAUCUAUUAAUGGUGUUUAGUGAUUCGCCUUGUUCCAUGCGGAGUCGUCACAACCUCGUGGAUUCGUGAUCUUCUACCA